CCAUGCAUGAACCGUUCAUAAAAUCGGUAACAAUUAACACUAUAAAUACCAUCUCACCCAUCUUCACUUUCACUCAUCACCAAAGCAAACAAAAAAGCAUAACAUUACUAUUAGACACAAAAAAAUCAAAGUAAGGAAAAACUAUUCAAAGAAAUUAACAAAAUGAUGAAGAUGAUGAAAAGUUUAGCGAUGAUCGUUAUGGUGAUCAUGGCCGCUAUGGUGGGAACAUCAAUGGGGCAGGCAGGUGGAUGUGGGCCCAGCCGCAGUUGCCCACCGGGACUGUGUUGUAGCAGAUUCAAUUACUGUGGUUCUGGACCUGCAUAUUGUGGCCGCGCCACUCCUGAGCAAGAGUCUGAAGCCCUUGCCCGUGACAUUGCUGCCCAUACUCAACAGAUUCUUGCUGCUGCUGCUGCUGCUUCCGCUGCUGCUGUUAAACCUACAGCUCCUUGAUCGGAUCGGAGUUCAUGCUGAAAGAUAAGAUGUCAGUGGGUCGGGUUUCGUGAAGAGCAAAGUCUUUUUGCUUUCUAAUAAUAGUGUAGACUAGUAAUUAAGCACGUACGUUCGCUACGUCGCUACUAUGAAUAACUUCCUAUGGAAGUACUUUCCUAAGUUGUGAUAGUGGCUUUGUUGUAUACGAAUAAUACGUGUACCGGCCUGUUUCAUGUAUUUCGUAGGUUAUACACCCAUCACCUAUGUUAUGUUAUGCUAGUGUUAAUCUACGUAUUCUUAUGUGCAUGUUACGUUUCAAUAUGAUAAAAAAUAAUAGUC